AUGUUCUUCCGCCAGACACAACCAACACCUGGAACCGCGGCUUCGAGCUCCUGUGCUCUCAAUUACUCGAAGCUGGCUCCCACCGUGAACUCAAGAAGGCUUCUACCUCGGAAAUGUGAUUCCGACCUCGCACCCAAACUAUGCCAAAAACCCAACUUCGGGCCUAAUAUCGGGCCGAAUCCGACCUCCCUAUCUGAUAUUGAUGACUUCAGGACCACCGCUGAAAUACUACAACCACGUUGUCCCGCUUACGAAGAAUAUCCUAAAAGUCCUCGCGCAGUCGCUGGAUCAAUAAGAGGGGUGGUUCGACAAGUUUGUGGACGGGCAAUGGCUAAAAUGCGGCUGUUACAUUAUUUUCCGCGGGCGUCGCAUAGUCCGCAGAAGAUAUAUUUCAAUUCUGAGGUAUCGCACCCCGGUGUCCUUUCUAAGAAUCCGGAUUGUGUGAUUAGUCGAGCAGACCGCAUUGGGAGUUAUGCAGAUAUCUAUGGGAGGGCAGAGAAAUUUAAGGACGAGGAUGGGGAGAAGGGAAAUAGGAAGGGGAUUGUGGUUGGGUUGGAAAUGGGGGUGAAGGUGGUUAUAAGGGUUAUAACAGCAGGAUCCACGGUGAAUCUAAGUGCAUAG